AUGUCUGAACACAUUCCCGUAGGGUUGAAUUACUUGGUGAAAAUAGGAGAUGAUGGUCGGCUCUACUGGGAUAAAAAUAACCAACCUGUUGAUACCACUGCCGGAGACUGGAAAGAUGCAGGAGAAGGUCGAGGAAUCGUUCCAGAGAGCAUGCCUACAAGAAAUAUGCAGCAUACAAAGCUGCAUGGUCAUGUCCCUUUCACCAAUAGUCCAAUAACGUCUCGAGAGUCUUUGGACCAGGAAAAUGCUGCUACUCAUUACGCAGGUGGGAUUAAAGGCAGGCAUUGGUGGUCAAGAUAUGUUCGACGCAAUUUCACUGCUCGAGGAGUAAUGGAACGGUUGCUGAGGAAAACCGUUAGACGAAAUACUUGGAUCUAUGUGUCGUUAUUUGGUUUGAUUUAA